AGGAAAAAACGAGGGGAGAAAAAACCCCGCUAGAAAUGAAAUGCACGAAACAAGAAACCGACUAAAAUCCAGGUCCAAAAACCCUAGCAAAGAUCCACGGCUUCUGAAUCUGAAUCCCGACCUUCGCAAUUGCCAAUUCAUUCUGCGCGUUUCGUUUUAUCGCACAAUUCCUUCGUAAUUGUGUCUAGCAAUCACCAUGUCCGGUAGUAGAGCUAGAAACUUUCGCCGCCGGGCCGACGACAAUGACGACGACGACGAACCCAAUGGCGCCGCCGCCCCCUCAACCGGUGUUUCAAACGCCUCAUCAAAAACCGCUUCCACCUCCUCUACUGUCGCCAAUAAACCCAAGAAGGCUAAUCCUCAGGUACCCAAGCUUCUCAGCUUCGCCAGUGACGAAGAGAACGAUGCCCCACUUCGCACUUCUUCGAAACCAGCCAAUUCCAAGAAGCCUUCUUCUGCUCGACUAGCUAAGCCUUCCUCCACCCACAAGAUCACUGCCUUGAAGGAUCGCAUCGCUCACUCUUCUUCAACGUCGGCUUCUGUUCCCUCCAAUGUGCAACCUCAAGCUGGAACUUAUACCAAGGAGGCCCUCCGCGAGUUGCAGAAGAAUACUCGCACGCUUGCGAGCUCGAGAUCCUCAUCCGAGUCUAAGCCUUCGGCCGAACCUGUUAUUGUUCUAAAGGGUCUUCUCAAGCCUGUCGAACAAAUUUCGGACAGUGCUAAAGAAGGUAAAGAGUCGAGCUCCGAAGAUGAAGAAGGGGGUAGUAAUGAAAAGAGCGCUGGUUCGUUUCGGAGGAGUAAAGAAGAUGCCUUAGCUCGAAUGGCUUCAAUGGGGAUUGGCAGAGGAAAGGAUUCAACUGGGUCAAUUCCCGAUCAAGCAACCAUUAAUGCAAUUCGCGCGAAAAGGGAACGUAUGCGACAGGCUGGGGUUGCAGCUCCGGAUUAUAUAUCCUUAGAUGCAGGAAGCAACCGCACGGCGCCGGGGGAGUUGAGCGACGAAGAAACAGAGUUUCCAGGGAGAAUCGCCAUGAUUGGAGGGAAGUCAGCAAGUUCGAAGAAGGGCGUGUUUGAGGAAUUUGAUGAGCAAGCUAUUGAUGGGGUAAGAACGAAUAUUAUUGAGCACAGCGAUGAGGACGAGGAGGAGAAAAUAUGGGAGGCAGAGCAGUUUAGGAAGGGACUGGGUAAGAGAAUGGAUGAUGGUUCUACUAGGGUGGAGAGCUCAAGUGUCCCUCUCAUUCCGAGUGUUCCGCAGCAGAACUUAAUUUACCCCACUACAGCUGGGUAUAAUUCGGUGCCUAGCAUAUCUACAGCUACAAGCAUUGGAGGUUCUGUUGGUGUUUCACAGGGUUUGGAUGGGCUAUCAAUAUCUCAGCAAGCUGAGAUUGCUAAAAAAGCUAUGCGAGAUAAUAUGGGGAGGCUUAAGGAAUCUUAUCGAAGAACUGCAGCAUCUGUGUUGAAGACCGACGAAAACUUGUCUGCAUCUCUUUUGAAUAUCACAGCCCUUGAAAAGUCUCUUUCUGCUGCCGGCGAGAAGUUUAUAUUUAUGCAAAAGCUUCGUGACUUCGUUUCUGUUAUCUGUGACUUUUUGCAGCAUAAAGCUCCAUUCAUAGAGGAGCUUGAGGAGCAGAUGCAAAAACUUCACGAAGAACGGGCUUCUACAGUCGUGGAAAGAAGAGUAGCUGAUAAUGAUGAUGAAAUGGUGGAGAUAGAAGCAGCUGUAAAAGCAGCAAUGUCAAUCUUGAAUAAGAAAGGGAGCAGCAAUGAAAUGAUUGCUGCAGCCACAAGUGCUGCCCAGGCAGCAAUUGCCUCUGCAAAGGAACAGGCAAAUCUACCAACAAAGGUAGAUGAAUUUGGUAGGGAUUUAAAUUUGCAAAAACGUAUGGAUAUGAAAAGGAGAGCUGAGGCUCGAAAGCGCCGGAGAGCAAAGUAUGAUUCCAAGAGACUUGCAUCCACAGAAGUUGAUGGCCAUCAAAAAGUAGAAGGAGAGUCUAGCACUGAUGAGAGUGAUAGUGAGGCUGCAGCUUACCAGUCAAACCAUGAUUUAUUACUUCAGACUGCUGAUCAAAUUUUUAGUGAUGCAGCUGAGGAGUUCUCCCAACUUUCUGUGGUGAAACAGAGGUUUGAACAAUGGAAGAGAGAUUAUUCAGCAACGUACCGUGACGCAUAUAUGUCAUUAAGCACUGCUGCUAUCUUCUCUCCUUAUGUGAGAUUGGAACUCUUGAAGUGGGACCCCCUGCAUGAAAAUGCAGAUUUUUUUGACAUGAACUGGCACUCUUUGCUGUUCAAUUAUGGUAUGCCGGAAGAUGGUAGUGAUUUUGCUCCAAAUGAUGCUGAUGCUAACCUUGUCCCAGAACUAGUUGAGAAGGUUGCACUUCCAAUAUUGCACCAUGAAAUUGCUCAUUGUUGGGACAUGCUUAGCACACGUGAAACCCGAAAUGCAGCUUUUGCUACUAGCUUGAUUACUAACUAUGUUCCAACAUCAAGUGAAGCUCUUACGGAAUUAUUGGUUGUUAUUCGCACCCGUUUGUCAAGUGCUGUUGAAGAUCUUACGGUUCCUACUUGGAGUGCACUGGUGAUGAAAGCUGUUCCAAAUGCUGCUCGAAUUGCAGCUUAUCGGUUUGGCAUAUCCGUUCGUUUGAUGAGAAACAUAUGUUUGUGGAAAGAAAUUAUUGCAUUGCCCAUUUUAGAAAAGCUUGCCCUUGAAGAACUCUUAUAUGGGAAAGUUCUACCUCAUGUUAGAAGCAUCACAGCGAACAUACACGAUGCAGUCACAAGAACUGAGCGAAUCAUUGCUUCUCUUUCAGGAGUGUGGACAGGCCCCGGCGUCACCGGUGAUCGCAGUCACAAGUUGCAACCAUUGGUAGACUAUGUUAUGCUACUGGGAAGAACAUUGGAGAAAAAACAUAUUUCAGGCGUAGCUGAGAGCGAGACGAGCGGACUAGCUCGGCGAUUAAAGAAGAUGCUAGUUGAGCUGAAUGAAUAUGACAAUGCAAGAGACAUUGCUAAGACCUUCCAUCUCAGGGAGGCACUAUGAGAGCUCGAACGAGCGUCUGGUGUGAUCACAAGAUAGGACGAUGUACCUUGUGCAUAUGCUUUUAUGGAACAUUGAUGAAGUUUAUUGUCUCAAAGAUGAUCCUGAUUCCUACUGAAUUGACAUCAUUGUUCUAGAGAAUGCGGCAUUAUAGUCUGAAAAGAGCUAACUGCAGAGCUGUGACCCAUUAGCAUUUGAUGAAUUUAUUUGGUACGAUCGUUAUGGCCAUUUUUGAUAGCUCCC